AUGUCCUACAUGGCGACAUCUAGCUAUCUAGCCCUGUCGCUAGUCGCUCUGGAUAGCAUACCUGCCAUCCAGAGUAUCGCCAACCGCAUUGCCGGCAAAGCGCGCGACUAUGAGCCUAUCCAGCUAGCCAAAGAUGUAUACCGCGAUGAAGAUGGUGAAGCGACCAAGGAAUCCCUUCGAGCCUUCUCUGAUAAAUGGCAAAGAAUCGCUAUCGCCCUGUUCUCCAUCGCUGGGUUUCUGGUGACCCUCGCAUUGGCUAUUCUUGCAACAUUAAAGCUCUUCAUUACUAAUUCCACGCCAUUGAUAUGGCUGCAGUUCGGAGUGUGGAUUCUUCUCACUAUCCAAGCUGUUGCUUUCUUCACUGAGCCCCGACCGACAAGCCGAUAUGUGCUAGGCUACCUCGCUUUCUGGGGGAGUCUCGUUGCCAUUGCAGUUCCAGGAAUUGAACUGGGCAUUUUAAUAUUCUCUCAACUCCCCAUCCCCCAUGGCCGAGUUUGGGUCGGGCUGCAAGUGGCUCAAAUUGCUAGCGCUGCUCUUCGCGCUGUAUUCUGUGUUCUGCUACCACGUCGUCCGGAUGUGUACCAUGAAGAUAAGUUGGUUGAGCAGGAGCUUUCAGUCUCUCUACUCAGCCGCUUCAGUUUCAGCUGGUCCAAUCAGCUGCUAAACCAUGCAGUGAAGCACAAGAAAAUGGAGCUUGACGAUAUUCCCAAGCUUACGGCAGCGAAUCGUGCCGGUUUCCUCCGUGAGAAAUUCGAAAUUGUUAGACAGAACCGGAAAUUGUGGAAAGCGAUUAUCUUGGCGCAUUGGCGGUCAUUACUCGCCCAGGCGACGCUUAGUCUCCUGAUUUGCUUCCUGAGUUUUGGUCCACAGGUCGCCCUGUUCCAGAUCUUGAAAACACUUGAACUGCGUGGUACCCCGUACUGGAAUAUCGGGGCAUCAUAUAUCUGGGUCCUCGCCCUGGGUGGGUUCUUGUUCCUCAGCUCGAGCGUAGAGGCGUGGCUAUUCUGGGUGGUAUACUCUAAACUUGGAGUUCCGACCUACUCAGAGCUGUCAGCAGUCAUAUUUGCCAAAGCCAUGCGUCGCAAGGACGUGAAGUAUACAAAGAAGUCCAACACGCCAGAUAAAUCCGAUAGUUCCAGCAAGGGAUCCGCCGAGGACGACGAAGAUGACGAAGAUGCAAUGAAGAAAAGCCGCCAGAGUAUUAUCAACCAUGUGGCCGUGGAUGCUCGACGCGUUUCAGAUUUUGCCUCGUUCAACUAUGUCAUCCCACAGGCGACCUUCAGAAUCAUUAUCGGUGCUGCGUUCCUGGUCCAAAUUCUCGGCUGGCGGAGUGCCUUUGCCGGUCUUUCAGUCUCUGCACUUGUGACACCACUGAAUGCAUACGCAGCUAGAAAAUAUGCGAAUGCCCAGGACCGAUUGAUGAAAUUCCGUGACCAGAAGCUGGCGAUCGUUACUGAAGUGCUGCAGGGAAUCAGGCAGAUCAAAUUCUCCGCUUUGGAGAAGCAAUGGCAGAAGCGUGUCCAGGAUACGCGAGAAACCGAACUUGGCGCAUUGUGGGCUUCCUUCGUUGCUGAUAUUGGCCUGCUUGCGAUCUGGGUUCUCGGCCCCGUCGGCUUAUCCGCCGUUUCGUUGACUACAUACGCCAUUAUUAAUGGUGCUUUAACACCGUCUGUGGCUUUCACGGCUAUGGCAAUCUUCAAUUCCCUCGAGGCGUCUCUCGCUAUUAUACCAGAGCUCAUGUCGAUGGGCCUGGAGGCGAAGGUUAGCGCGGAUCGUAUCGACAAAUUUUUGGCUACUUCCGAAAAUGUUGUCAAUACUGUCCCUGGUGAAUAUAUUGCUUUCGACAACGCCUCUGUUGCAUGGCCUGCGGAGGAACAAGAUAUCCAAGAUUCCGAGGAUCGUUUCGUUCUGCGUGACAUGACCUUGAAAUUCCCGACGAAAAGUCUAAGCGUGGUGUCGGGCAGAACUGGCUCUGGAAAGAGUCUGCUUCUCUCAUCGAUCCUGGGUGAAUGUGAUGUCCUCACCGGGACGAUCAUGGUACCCGUUCCACCUCCCAUCACAGACCGAUUCGAUCAUGUUGCGACAAAGGCAAAUUGGAUUAUCGACUCAGCCAUUGCCUAUGUUGCGCAGAUGCCAUGGAUCGAAAAUGCUACGAUCAAAGCGAACGUUCUCUUCGGACUCCCGGAUGAUCCAGAGCGCUACCGACAAGUCAUCUUUGCCUGCGCUCUGGAAAAAGAUUUCGAGAUGCUACCGGACGGCGAUAUGACAGAUAUCGGUGCGAAUGGUGUCAACCUGAGCGGUGGUCAGCGCUGGCGUGUCUCAUUUGCCCGCGCAUUGUACUCUAGGGCUGGCAUACUUGUUAUGGAUGACAUCUUUAGCGCUCUCGAUGCUCACACAGGUCGUCACAUCUUUGAGCACGCUCUCACCGGGGAACUCGGCCAGAACCGAACUCGCAUUUUGGUCACGCACCAUGUAGCACUGUGUCUUCCUCGCACAGACUACUCCGUGCUAUUGGAGAAUGGUCGUAUCAAAUAUGCAGGUACCGUUGAUGACCUGAAGGAAUCACAUCAUCUAGAGGAUAUCCUUCGCGAGGAACAAGCCGCAGAACAAGCGGGCCUUAUAGCAGAUAGAGACCAUCAUGAAUUACCCAAUGAUGAGGAGACAACUCUCCAAAAGGUGAUCUCCAAUACAUCCUACCAAAAAGCGAGCACCGCUCCAAAUGGUCAAGCUCCCAACGGAAAUGGAACCGCUACUGCACAGACGCCUACCCCGAAGAAGUUUGUUGAAGACGAAAAAAGAGAAACCGGCUCUGUGCGGCUAGCAGUGUACCUUGCUUUCUUGAAUAAAGCUGGCUCCGUGGUCUACUGGUUGAUUACUCUCGCAGUCUAUUUAUCGUUUUCGACCCUCUUAAUUGGACGAUCUUGGUGGAUCAAUAUCUGGACCAGUUCGUCCUCCAAUACUAAGGUCCAUCCUGAGCAAUACCAUAUCCUAUUGCAGCACACCAUGCAACCGACAUCACCGGUUCCACAGCAUGAUGACCUCUUCAUGUACCUCGGAGUCUAUGUUGCCAUCUCGGUCAUUGCCUGUAUCAUCGGCACAGCCCGAUAUUACUGCAUUCUUUCGGCGUCAGUCCGGGCCUCGAGGAACUUGUUCAAUGGCUUGAUCUAUGCUGUUCUCCGCGCACCACUCCGGUGGCUGGAUACUGUUCCAUUGGGGCGAAUUCUCAAUCGCUUCACAGCCGACUUCCACUCAAUCGAUUCAAAAAUCGGAUACGAUGUCGGAUUCUUCGUGGGCAAGGUCCUAGAUGUUCUCGCAAUCAUGAUUGCGGGGAUGCUUGUCGAUUGGAUGAUGAUCUUAUUCGGCCUAGUCCUGUUGGCCGUAUGUCUAAAGCUGGCCGUAUCCUAUUUGGAAGGUGCCCGUCAGAUCAAACGUCUCGAGAGCACCGCGAAAAGCCCUGUGUUUGAGCAGUUUGGGUCUAGUCUCGCUGGCCUAAUCACCAUUCGUGCCUUCAGCAAACCAGACACUUACGUCGAACUAAUGUACAACAAGAUCAAUCGCCAUGCGCAAGCAUGGUGGACCUUGGGGCUGUUCAACCGCUGGCUCGCGUUCCGCAUGAGCAUCGUCGGCGCUAUCUUCUCAACCGUCACUGCUGGUCUGGUGGUCUAUCUGCCGGGUAUCAGCGCUUCACUUGCGGGUUUCGCUCUCAGCUUUGCGUUGCAGUAUAACAAUGCGAUCACGAUGGCACUGCGACAAUAUGCUAACAUUGAAUUGAAUAUGAACGCCAUAGAGCGUGUCAUCGAGUAUUCUAACUUUGAGCUCGAGAACCAAGGAGGAGCAGAUGUACCUGCUGCUUGGCCCACAGAGGGCCACCUCGAAGUCCACGAUCUUGUGGUGGGUUAUGCACCGGAUCUCCCACCGGUAUUGAAUGGGCUCAGCUUCUCGGUGGAGAAGAACCAGCGCGUAGGUGUCGUUGGACGCACAGGGGCAGGCAAGUCCUCUUUGACGCUUGCACUCUUCCGAUUCUUAGAGGCACGCUCGGGCCAGAUCUUCAUCGACGGAAUUGAUGUCUCCACGAUCAAACUGCAUGACCUCCGCAGCAGACUUGCAAUCAUCCCGCAAGACCCGGUGCUAUUCUCUGGCACGGUGCGAUCGAAUCUUGACCCGUUCGAAGAAUACAGCGAUACAGAGCUCUACGAUGCGCUAGCACGCGUGCACCUCAUCUCCCAGGCUGAUGAUGAUGAGCUCACCCUCACAUCGCGGACUGCCACGCCUCCCCGCCAGCCCAGCGAAACAGGCACAUCGACACCAGCGAAGGCCCAGAAGACUAACGCAAAUGUUUUUACCUCUCUCUCUGCGACCAUCUCCGAGGGCGGCCUCAACCUCUCCCAAGGUCAGCGCCAGCUUCUCUGUCUCGCCCGUGCCAUCGUCGCGCGACCCAAAAUUAUGGUUCUAGACGAGGCAACCUCGGCUGUCGACAUGGAGACCGACGCGUUAAUUCAGCAGUCUAUCCGUGCGGAAUUCGGCCGCAAUGCUACCACACUGCUGGUUAUUGCGCACCGGCUUAGCACAAUUGCUGACUUCGAUCGCAUUCUGGUUAUGGAUGCUGGCAAGGCGGCUGAGUUUGGCACGCCAAAGGAUCUUAUGGGGAUUGAGGGUGGUGUUUUCAAGAAUCUUGUUGAGAAUAGUGGAGAGAAGGAAGUGUUGGAGGAAAUGAUCUUUGCAUGA